CACUCGCCUACGUCAUGGCCCACCACGACCAACUACUUCAACGCGACUCGCUUGCACGUCCUCAACUCACACUUUCCCAUCUCUUUUUGCACCCACACAUUACCUUGCAUUCCUAACGACCCACGAACAACCACCACGAUGUCCAUGCUCCGCAACGCGCUCGCAUCCACCACCCCCGCCGUCCGCGCCGGCACGCGCGCGUUCCGCGUCUCGCCCGCCGCGAGCAAAUCGGCGACCGAGAAGGUGAAGGAGGUUGCAAGUGACGUCAACAUCAAGGUCGGGCGAACGCUUGCAUCUGCGAUCGAGAAGGGCGAGGAAGCAACAGAAGCCACGAAAGAGACAUUGGCCCCCGCCGCGCAGAAGGCAAAGGAGGUGACGGGCCAGGCAAGCCAGAAGGCAAGCCAGGCGACGGGUCAGGCAAGCCAAAAGGCCAGCCAGGCAACGGGGCAGGCAAGCCAGAAGGCCAACCAGACCUCAGCAGGCGUGAAGGAAGGCGCACGAGACUUCAAAGAGGACGUCAAGAAGGAGGCACGCAAGUAAACAAACCUCGUUGCCUCUUCCGCACCGGUAUUCACCAUGGGACCAACGCACGGUACCUCCUGUAGC